AUGCGCUUCUCAUAUCUCCGUGCGGUCCUGAUCUCCUAUGUGCUGCUCGACAAUGCUGACCUCGCUUCAGGUAUCGGCCAAACAAAGACCGUCGCACUCGGCGCCGCGCACGAGGUCGACGAGCCCAAGCAUCGACUGAGACCGUACGCUGCCGACGUCGAUCGAGAGGAGAGACAGCCAUUCGCUAGUCUGAUCGAACCACUUCUACCUUCGAGUGUCAGUGGAUAUACGCGCGUGAACGAGGUGGUGGAGACAAGCUAUCCGAGCGUAGAAGAGGUGGCGAAGCGGUGGUGGAACGCCAUCGGAGACAACUUGUUUCUCGAAACCUUGAGUAAAACCCCCGAUUUUAGUACUCGCCUUCGAAAGAUCAGCGAACACAGAGACGAGGAGCUCACCGGCAUGUUCAAGAAGCUUGGAGGUCUAGUAUUCUCCGCCGGCAUGUCGACAGAGCAAAAGGCUGAGGCCCUGAAAACAUUAGUAAAAGAGUAUGGCUCCUCUUGGGAACAAGUAGCCAUCUUUCAAAUGGCGCGUAAGUUGCCGGCGAUUAAUGAAGAGGUGAUUGAGGCGGUCGAACACCAAUUUUUCAUGAACCUUGAAACAAUUGGUGGUGUGACCCACUUGUAUGAGAAGGAGCCAAAAUAUUGGUCGAAAAAAGGCAAGGAUUUGCGCGCCAGUUACCUCAAGGAGCACAAAGAGGAGUACGACACGUGGAAGGAGGUAAUGAAAGAGUUAAAAAACAACAACUGA